AUGUGGUCAUUAUAUGGUAUAAUUGUUUGUGGUGUUGUUUUCGUCGUUGGUCAAUCAUCACUAGCACCUUACGAUGUUCGAAUCGAAUAUUAUAAAGCUGAGACAACAAAAGAUUUGGUAAUUGGCACAGAUUACCCAUAUUUCUGCUGGAAACUACCUCUAACCAAUCAACGAGAUGUUCGGCAGAUGGGCUAUCAACUGCAACUUCGAUCGGAGAAUAAACUCGUUUGGGAUAGUGAUCGAAUCAAUUCGAGCCAAUCAAUUCAUGUUCCUUAUCCAUUUAAACAGAAGCUCGAAGAACUGACACAUUAUCAAGUUCGUUUGCGUGUUUGGACAAGUGCGUUGGAAACCGCAAGUUCAUGGACAUUGUGGAUUCCAUUUCGAACAUCGGUGUAUAACUUCCAACAGUAUUUGUUAGACCACAAUGAUGAAGUCAGUUGGAUUGGCUCUACCCAGAUAUACAUGAACGAGUUACGGAAAGAAUUCAAUGUCUCUAAUACAAGUCCAAUUCAGUCGGCCACUGUCUUCAUUUCGGGUAUUGGCUAUUAUGAAUUGUACUUGAACGGUGAUAACGUUGAUCCUAGCCGAAAAUUAGAUCCGGGAUGGACUACUUAUCAGAAGCGAACACUUUUCGCUUCAUACGAUGUAACAUCCAAAAUCAAACUUGGCAUGAAUGCGGUCGGUGUGAAACUGGGUAAUGGCUGGUACAGUCAAGAACAAUAUUUGUUACCGUCAGUACCUGAGCCGACUUACGGUCCACCACGUCUGAUGUUUAUUUUGAAAAUUAUCUUCAACAACUCCGAUCAAAUGAAUGUUUACAGUGAUCAGACGUGGAAAGGUCGACAAGGCUCAAUUAUUCAUGAUAGUGUUUACAAUGGUGAAUUUGUUGACGGACGUUACGAUCGAUUGAAUUGGACUCGUGUUGGAUUCACUGAUUCUCUGUCUCUUUGGAUUACACCGGAAAUUCUUCCAUCACCAGUUGAUACCACCGUCAACGGACAAUUGACGCUUCAAGAUAUGCCACCCAUUCGAGCAGGACCUGAUGCUCUGCAUUUUGAAGUAGAAUACGAUGUUGAUGAGGACAGAAGUUAUCUAUCGAAGAAAGACAUCGGUGAGAUUCUUGGUGCCUCACUGAAAGACAAAGGAAUCUUACAUCCAAUCAGUGUGAUAAUACCUACUUUAAAUGUUCAUAUAUUUGAUAUGGGACAGAAUAUGGUCGGUUGGUGUCGAUUCAAAUUCCAUGGUCCACGUGGUGUUGGUAUUCACAUUCGCCAUGCCGAAAUUCUAUCGCAAGCAGUUGUUUCCACUGGGAAAGCCACGGGUGGAAUUUAUACGGAUAAUCUGCGUGGUGCAACUGCAAGUGACACAUACAUUCUUCGCGGUGAUCCUAAUGGUGAAAUUUACGAACCGCGAUUUACGGUUCACGGUUUCCGUUACGUCGCAGUUUUUGGCUCACCUACCCCACUCUUAAUUGAUGAUGUCGAAUGCCCAAUUGUUCACAGUGAAACAACGGUCAAAGGACAUUUCUCUUCGAGUAAUUCUGUCAUCAAUCAAAUUCAACACAAUAUUGUAUGGGGCCAAUUGGGUAAUUUGAUGUCUUUACCAACCGACUGUCCACAACGUGAUGAACGCAAAGGUUGGAUGGGUGAUGCUGCUCUGUCAGUUAAUGAAGCACUGUAUAAUUUCGAUUUGAGCAAAUUCUAUUUAAAUUUUCUCACCUUAAUCAAGGAUGUUCAACUGCUUGGUUUCGUUCCGGACACUGUUCCAUUAUCGUUCGGUUUCUAUCCCGCUGAUCCUAAUUGGGGCACAGCUCUACCCACCAUCACUUGGCAGUUGUAUCGUCAUUACAAUGAUAUUCAAAUUCUCCGAAACCAUUAUGACUCAAUUCGAGCUUAUGUUGAGUCAGUUCGUGACGGCUAUCGACUGACCGGUUUAGCGGAACUAAUCUUUCAUUACGGUGAUUGGGUUCCACCACCACCACAAUCGAAAACAAAAGGUCAUCUCGUUGCUUCAUUUGCAUUUCUUCAUGAUGUCUCUUUGUUGAUCAAUAUGUCUCAGAUUCUUGGAUAUAGUGAUGAUACUGAAACAUACACAACUCUCUAUCGACAUUUAGCAGAAGAGUUCCAUCGAGUCUUUUUCAAAUCUUCCGACGGCUAUUAUACCGAUGGCAUGCAAGCAGCACAAAUCCUUGCAUUGGCUUUGCCUAACGUAGUUCCAAUGAACGUUCGCGAUCACGUUCUUCAACAUUUAGUUCAAGAUAUUCAAGCGAAAGGAAAUCAUGUCACGACAGGUAUUGUUUCUACCGCUCAGCUAUAUCCACUGCUAUCAGAUAAUGGUCAUCAUGAUCUUGCCGUGCAGUUGAUUACAACAAUCACCUAUCCAUCGUAUGGCUAUAUGUUUAACAAUCCGUAUGAAAAUGCGACCACUCUCUGGGAAAUAUGGAAUGCACCAUUCGGAGAUCCAGGCAUGAACUCACGUAAUCAUCAUAUGUUUGCGAGUGUUGGUUCUUGGUUCUAUUCGCAUUUAGCCGGCAUCGAUCUACAAGCCGAUGUGUUUGUCAUCCAUCCACGAAUGAUUUCAGAGGAAAAGAAACAUCUACUGAGUAAAAUCGAUUGUCGACUAAGCACAUUGUACGGCGUAGUUCACGUUUCUUAUACUCGUGAUACUUCUCCUAAUGCGAUUUCCUUUCGAAUAACGAUCCCAGGUAAUUCACAAGCGAAAGUUAUUUUUGAACCGUUGUUCCCCGAUGCCAAGUGCGCAGCAAUUAUCGAAAGUAAUCAGGUGAUUUGGUCCUCUACUAACAAACAAAACAAUGUCGACGAAGAUUCUCAGACUGGUUUGAUGACGAUUCGUAUCGGGUCCGGUUCUUACGAAUAUCAAGUUCUGUGGAAAUAA